AUGAGCAUGUUAGCCAAGAACACGCUCUCCACGGCGACGCGUUUUGGUCGCGCGAUCACAGGCGGCCUCUCGCUAACCCAUACAUCAGCUUUCACAGUGGCGUACUUCCAUUAUGCAAAUUUCGAAGGCGCGAAGAGGCUGCCCGACUAUAUUAAAACUCAUCCCCUGUUUUAUCAAAAUCUUGAGAAGAAGAUAAAAGAGGGUAAAGCGUUUGUGCAAGUCAAGAUUGGUGGUAGCGAUCAAGUUGAUAAACAUGGAUUCCCGGCUCCCGAGAAGCGCGAGGACGAUUAUUAUGCUGUCAGUGCCACCAAAGAUGGUUGGGGUCCAGAAACCUCUUGCUUUUCUAACAUAUUUGCACCCAUGUCCAUGGAGUCUGAUCUGAGGGAUACAGUAUUUGGAGGUGUCAGCGAUAACAUCCUACUCAAACCUGGUACGAGGGAGACCUUUAUCCUCUGCACCUCGGGUAUAGACCAAGAUGUCUUCCUCGAGCGCCUAGCUAAAGUAGGCCAGAAGUACCGGGGAAUAGACUUCGUGAAGCAGGGUGUUAAGGCCGAGGAAAUCCUAGGAGAACUCAGGAGUGUCAUUUCUGACUUGUUAGGAGAAUUUAUUUCGGCAAAGAUUAUCACCGAAGACUAUCGUGCCGACCGCAUGAAGAAGUUCGAUGAACAAGCUGGGAAAAUGACCAAUGUCAUCGAGGUCAACCGGAAGGAGUGGAUAGACCUGGCCAAUGGCAAACUGACAAACGAUGAGAAGCUGUCGUGGAAGACGCUCAUGUUCAAGCAAACAGGAUACACCGCUAUUGGUAAUGGCGUCAAUAUUGAUUUGUAG